ACGUUAACGACCGAAGUGCGAACUCCGCCCUGAAGUGGGCAGGUUAAACCUGUUGGAGAACUCCGCCUGUUAUGGAUAGGGCUUGCCUGGCCCCCGAGAUCUGGCCAGGUUCUGUGCGACUGGCUUCACCUCGAUAACUCAUUCCUACGACAUGCCUGGCGUUGCGGAGUUUGCCGGAGGCGUACCUCACCAACAAUCCAUGCGCGCGCCAUUCAGUGGACUUCGUGCAUGCAUGGUAACUGUGGCAUCCAUUUUUGGGAUCGUGUUAGAUCCUAGAACGGCAGACAAACCACAAAUGAUCACGACAUUCACUCCCAGAAACACCAUCACAUUUCCUGAAAGUAACCAACUGUCACUGGAGACAACCCUCUCUACUAUUGCUUUCUACCUUCUGCAUAACCCUUUGUAUGCCUCCCAGGCCACUUCCUGGAUGUUUUCCGUGCAGGUGUGCCCAAUGACUGCGCAGGAUGGAGGAGUAUGUGGCAAAUGUCGUGAGAAAGGUUGGGAAUGCCAAGGAUAUGGCGAGCAGGCACCAGGGUGGACUAAGGACCAAGUGUUCAUAAACGAGGUCAGGGCGACACUGAUGAACCGGGCUGACCCUCUACCUGCACUCGCCGGGACCAGUGAGGGGGCAGUUGUUGCUGGUGGCCGGUACCCUCUCUCCUCCCCUGCCAGACGCCUCCCAUAUAUCCCCCGCAAGCGUUCCUUUUGACACUCCUGGGCUUGUUUCACUUCCACAACAGCUGCGCUGCCUUCUACCCAACUCCUCUGGCCAGUGGAGGGGCGGCUCGUGUACGACUUUCGCACCCGAUGUUGCUCAGCUCAUUGGGGGAUCAGAUGGAU